AUGCACAGUUUCUUGUUGAUUUGGGGUGUAAGGGGGAGUUAAUUCCUCCAUUGCAAGCCUUCCUCCUCUUCUUCCUCCCCCUUUCCCUCCUCCCUUUCUUCUGGGGAAGAGUUCAGCCGGGUCUCCUCUCCUCCCCUCCCUCCUUCCCCGCUCUCUCUCUCUCUUUCCUCUCUCUCUCUCUUCUCCUCCCCUUCGCGCCCCAUGCGUUGUUGGGCGAGGAAGCAGCCGCCGCUGGGCUAAAAAGAGGAGGAGAAGGAGCCACUGGGAGAAAAAGCAGCCCGAGCGGCAGGAGGAGGAAGAAGAAGAAAGAAGAGGAGGAGGAAAGAGAGACGAAAGAAGAAGAAGGACAAGCAGGAGGAGGAGGAGAAUAAGAACAGAGGGAGGAGGAGACCAAGAGGAGGGGGAGGACAAGACACAGAAAGAGAAAGAGAGACGGAGGAGGACAACAACAACAAAAAAAGGAGGAGAGGAAGAAGAGAGAAGGGGAAGGCAGCGCGUGGGGGAGUCCGUGCGUGGACUGGACACACUCCCUUCCUUUGCCUUUCCUUUCAUCCCCUUUCUUUGCCUCCUUCCUUCUCCCCUCUUUCUUUCUUCUCCUCUUUCUUUUUUCUUUCUUUCUUUCCCUCUCUCCCUUCUCUCGCUCCUUCCGGUGGAUGUUUCUCCAGCUUCGCCCAACUCCGAGCUCCGAUCGAAACGAGCCGAAGCCGUGGCCUCUCGCUGCUUUCGCGUCUCCUCCUUCGCCUCCUUCUCUUUCUCCGGAGGGCUCCUCGGCUUCCUCUCUCCGCCCUCCUUCCUCCUUCUCUUUCUCCUUCUUCCCCUUUUUUUCCCAUGGCUUUCCUGAAUGGCUGACGAUUGCAGGCGGCCCUGGAUUUGUCCCCCGGACCUCCUCCUCCUCCUCCGGCUGCAAAAAAGAAGAGAGGGAGGGGGAAAGCCUUGAAGAAGGAGGAGAAGAAGAAGCGGCGGCAGCAGGAGGAGGAGACGAGAGAGGGAAACAACCCCAGCCUCUCUCUCUGUGUCUGUCCUUUCCCUUCGCUUCAACUUUCCUUUCUUUCCGGCUGCUAGACAAUCUCCUCGGCGCUGCCUUCUGCUUCCUUCCCUUCCUUCCCUUCUUCUCCCGUUCCCUUCUUUCUCUUUCCGGCUCCACGCGCCUCCCCUCCCCCUCCUCUUCUCUUUCUCCCCCCUCCUUCUCUUAAGAGGAAGGAAGAACACCCCCGACACACACACACACACACACCUCCCGAAACUUAAGGACAUUCAUUCAUUUCUCCCGAAGAAGAAGGAGGAGAAGAAAGGGGGAGGAAGGCAUCGGCUCCUUUUCGACUCCCUUCACUCGAGAGGACAUUUUCGCCACAAAAUAAACAAAUCCGGAGAGACUCGAGAACAAGAAAGAAGAGAGUGAGAGAGAGAGACAACAAAAGAGAGAGAAAGAGAAACAAAACUAUCCCGAGAACUCUUAACUUCAGGACGUUCCAAGCGCCGAGGAGGGGAAUGCCUGCCUUGAGGACUUUUUGAGAGGAGAGGAGGAGAAGGAAUCGCGGGAGAACUUUCCACGAAGGGAGAGUCAAGAGAAGGAGAAGGAGAAGGAGGCGAGCGCUGGGGGCAGAGGAGGAGGAAGAGGAGGAAGAAGAGAGCGGCGUUGGCGUUGGUCCGGCCUCGGCGUGGACGCUCUCCUAUGCCUGCCGCGGCGCGUGGGUAGCGUGGGUAGCGUGGGCGGGGCCGGAGCCAAGCUGCAAGCGCCGCCGUGCUCGGACUCUUCCUCGGGCGGCGGAGGCGGGCUCCCUUCUUGGGGGGGAGCCACCACGACGACGGGGGGCCGGCCGCUUUGGCCCCGGGGUCCCUUAGAGAUGGCCAUGGUGGUGGGCGCCUGGCGAGACCCCGCCGACGACGUGCCCGCCGGGCCCCCGCCCCCGCCGCCCGCCUCCUCGCAGGGACCCCCCGGGGGCGCGGGGCCACCCUCGGGCGCAGGGCCGCACACCCCGCAAGCCCCCGGACAGGCCGGGCCCCCCGCCCAGACCCCCAGCCAGGGCAACCCCAGCGGAGGAGGAGGAGGAGGGGGUGGCGGCGGCGGCAACGGGGGCCAAGGCGGCGACAAGGCGUCGCAGCAGCAGCAGCAGCACAUCGAGUGCGUGGUCUGCGGGGACAAGUCCAGCGGGAAGCACUACGGGCAGUUCACCUGCGAGGGCUGCAAGAGCUUCUUCAAGCGCUCCGUCCGGAGGAACCUCAGCUACACGUGCCGCGCCAACCGGAACUGCCCCAUCGACCAGCACCACCGCAACCAGUGCCAAUACUGCCGCCUCAAGAAAUGCCUCAAGGUUGGCAUGAGGCGGGAAGUCUCUUCCUUCUUUACUGCAGCCGUGCAGCGGGGCAGGAUGCCGCCCACUCAGCCGACCCACGGGCAGUUCGCCUUGACCAACGGGGACCCGCUGAACUGCCACUCGUACCUCUCGGGAUAUAUCUCGCUGCUCCUGCGGGCCGAGCCCUACCCGACCUCCCGCUUCGGCAGCCAGUGCAUGCAGCCCAACAACAUCAUGGGCAUCGAGAACAUUUGCGAGCUGGCCGCCCGCAUGCUCUUCAGCGCCGUGGAGUGGGCCCGGAAUAUCCCCUUCUUCCCCGACCUGCAGAUCACCGACCAGGUGGCCCUCCUGCGGCUCACCUGGAGCGAGCUCUUCGUCCUCAACGCCGCCCAGUGCUCCAUGCCCCUCCACGUCGCCCCGCUCCUGGCCGCCGCCGGCCUCCACGCCUCGCCCAUGUCCGCCGACCGGGUGGUGGCCUUCAUGGACCACAUACGCAUCUUCCAGGAGCAAGUGGAGAAGCUCAAGGCCUUACACGUGGACUCCGCAGAAUACAGCUGCUUGAAGGCCAUCGUCCUCUUCACCUCAGAUGCGUGUGGUCUCUCCGAUGUGGCCCACGUGGAAAGUUUACAGGAGAAGUCCCAGUGCGCGCUGGAGGAGUACGUCCGGAGCCAGUACCCGAACCAACCCACGCGCUUUGGCAAACUGUUGUUACGCCUCCCGUCUCUGCGCACCGUCUCUUCCUCGGUCAUAGAGCAAUUGUUUUUCGUCCGUUUGGUAGGUAAAACCCCCAUCGAGACCCUGAUCCGGGAUAUGUUACUGUCUGGAAGCAGUUUUAACUGGCCUUACAUGGCCAUCCAAUAAGAAGGAGGAGGCGAGAAUAUCAAUCAAUCAAUAUUAAAUAAUAAGAAUUGAAAAAAAAAAACCGAAUGGCUGAAAAAAGGGAGGAAACGAACCAAACGAACCAAACGAAACCCCCGAAACGGGGGAAAGAUUCGGAACAGAGAUUUUUUUUUUCCUUUUCUUUUUUUCUUUCCUCCUUUCGGGUUUGUUUUCUUGGCAAGUUGACAUAAAGAAAGGCAAGAACCCUAGUCAGAAUCAAUCCGAAGGUGCUUCAGCUCCCCAAGGAGGUUUGGUUUGGAUCCACCUUGGCUAAAAAAAGAAGAGAAUAAGGAUCAGGAUUGGAGUUUGGACUUUUUGCAUUGACUCGAAAACUAAACUAAAUCAGAGACUCUUGAAAUGAACUUUUUACAGAAUGCGUUCAGAGAAGAAAACAAAAAAAAAGAAUUCCUUGUCGUUCAAAAAGUUGCUAUUUCUCGCUCUUUCUCUCUCUUUCUUGUUUUUUUUAAAGGAAAUAGUGUUUUUUUUCCCCCUCUCUCCUUUCAUUUGUUUGUGGGGGUGUUAAACUUUGGAACACAGUCUCUUGCGAAAAGUGCAUUUUAGAGGAGAUCUGGAGAUAAUUAACAGAAUGGAAACAAUCCUCUCUUUCUCUCUCUCUUUCUCUUUCUCUCCUUCCUUCUGGCCCAAACUGUCCUAUGUUGCUUGUUGUACCUAUAGAGUUCUGUUUGGGGUUGGGUUUUCAAUUUUUUUUUUUGUAUUUUCCUUCCAUUCUUUUUGUAUUUUUCCUCUUUCUCUCUCUCUUUCUCUCUCCUGGUUCCAAACCAGUUGAUUCUGUGGUUCAAUAAUAAUUUUUGAUAUAAGGAAUAAUAAUAAUAAUAAUCUGUGUAUCCUUUUGAGAAAAAAAAAUAUGUUCUGAAAGAAUUAAAACUGUCAAGGGAAGGUUUCUGAGAAAGGAAUAAAAUAGAUAUAUAUCAAUUCUCUCUCCCCCCCCCCCUCCAAAAAUAUGGAAGCGCACUUAAAAAAACUGCCCAGAUCACAUUUAGCUCCAAGCAUCAGUUUUAGGAGCCCCUGGGGAUGCAAUGGGUUAAACCCUUGUGCUGGCAGGACUGCUGACCGAAAGGUCUGGUGGUUUGAAUCUGAAUCCAGGGAGCGGGGUGAGCUCCCGUCUGUCAGCUCCAGCUUCUCAUGCCCGGACAGGAGAGAAGCCUCCCACAGGAUGGUCAAAUAUCCAGGCAUCUCCUGGGCAAUGUCCCUGCAGACUGCCAAUUCUCUAGUUCUCUCACACCAGAAGCCCUGGGCAACGUCCUUGCAGACGGGCCAAUUCUCCAGUUCUCUCGCACCAGAAGCCCUGGGCAACGUCCUUGCAGACGGGCCAAUUCUCCAGUUCUCUCACACCAGAAGCCCUGGUUAACGUCCUUGCAGACAGGCAAAUUCUCCAGUUCUUUCACACCAAAAGCCCUGGGCAACGUCCUUGCAGACGGACCAAUUCUCUCACACCAGAAGCCCAAGGCAGCGUCCUUGCAGACGGGAAAAUUCUCCAGUUCUCUCACACCAGAAGUCCUGGGUAACGUCCUUGCAGACGGACCAAUUCUCCCAAUUCUCUCACACCAGAAGCCCAAGGCAGCGUCCUUUCAGAGGGGAAAAUUCUCCAGUUCUCUCAAACCAAAAGCCCUAGGGAACGUCCUUGCAGACGGGCCAAUUCUCCCAAUUCUCUCACACUAAAAGCCUUAGAGAAGUCCUUGUAGACGGGCCAAUUCUCCCAAUUCUCUCACACCAGAAGCCCAGGGCAGCGUCCUUGCAGACGGGAAAAUUGUCCAGUUCUCUCACACCAGAAGCCCAGGGCAGCGUCCUUGCAGACGGGAAAAUUCUCCAGUUCUCUCACACCAGGGGCCCAAGGCAAAGGUCCUUGCAGACGGGCCAAUUCUCCCAAUUCUCUCACACUAAAAGCCUUAGAGAAGUUCUUGUAGACGGGCCAAUUCUCCCAAUUCUCUCACACCAAAAGCCCAGGGCAACGUCCUUGCAGAUGGACCAAUUCUCUCACACCAAAAGCCCUAGGGAACGUCCUUGCAGACGGGCCAGUUCUCCAAUUCUCUCACACCAGAAGCCCAGGGCAACAUCCUUGCAGACGGGCCACUUCUACAAUUCUCCAAAAGCCCCGGGCAACAUCUGUUUUUAAUGCUCCAGACCCCAAAUAAAUAAAAGGAACCACUAUUUUAUUCCUCCCUCCUCCCCCCACCUUCACCCCAAACUCAUCCACCCUUGGUUAGGGUUUUUAUCUCUAUUUUCAAGACAAAGCUUGGAUUUUUUGGGAAGGGAAAUCAAUGGAUAGUUUCUUAAGAGGGAGAUGGAAUAUUGUGUCUAAGACGCAACUUGGUUUGUUUUUUGAAUUUUUGGUGACAAUGAGAACCCAUUCAAGCCCACUUUGACGCACACCAAACCCAACUGCACCCAGAGAGAAUCAUCACCAAGUGAACUUUUUUGUAAUUCGAAUGAGAUUUCGGGUUAUUUUCCCCCUCUCCGCCUUGUUGUCCCCCCCAAUUGUUACUUACCUACCUACCUACCUACCUGAGCCCCCUCUUGAUCUGUUUGUAUAUUUGCAAGCUCUUUGUAUUAUAAUACUUGUUGAUAUUUUCCCCCUUUUUUUAAAGAAAAAAGAAGAAGAAAAAAACCAUUGAAUUCAGCAUGACAAAAAAAAAUAACACUACUGUUGGCACUUAUAGAUAACGUGGUUGAUUCAGUAUCUUAGAGUUUACAGUUUUUGUGUUUUAAAGAGGAAAAAAAGCUGAAGGUUUUUUUUUUUUUGAAAAGUGCAACAUUUCUGUAUACUGUAAAAGUUAUAAUAACUGAAAACUGUUUGGUCCAGUCUUUGUGUGUUAUAUUCCAAGGAAAAAAAUUGAAAGUAUUCAGAAAUUAAAAUAUUAUUUGAUAUCUGAA